GACUUGGCACAUAUUCUUCUGCCUGUCGUCGGUCCUAUGCUUGUCACUAGACUCCUCAACACUCCAUCUACCUCGCUCAUUUCUGAAACUUUCCCUGAUUUGCUUGAAAUGACUUGUGCUGGAGAAGAAGAUGUCCGGGCUGCCGCUGCUGCUGCUCUCCUCCCACUGACUUCCCUCGGCAGGCUUCACUGGCAGUUGCUAUUCUCUUCAGCAAAUCAGGCUUCAUCCAUCGAUACUACCUCUACUGCCGACAAAUCUAUUUGCUCUGUUAUUCCAAAAUCUUGUUCCUCCAGCAUAAGGCAUCAAACUAGUAAUGCUGCUACUAGUUCACCCAGCUUUAGUGACUCGGGUAGUUUUUCAGACGGAAUGGUCACUCAAAAAGUUCAAUCAUCAGAAGUUUCGCACUUGGAUUCAGACCAUCUUAAAUCGGUGUGUUCUUCACCAUCCCAACCCCACUCAAAGCUCGAUUCAUGUCUUCGUGAUAUUCCAGUAUGUUUGCCCACCAGCUUCGAUUCUUUUAUUGAUAACUUAUGGUAUCUUUUGGAGACUGCGGCUAAGGAUGCCUUAGUUGAGCGUGAGCACUUUGCCUCUCAUACUCUCUUACAAUCCAAAUUAACUACGAAAUCAGCUCUAGCUCCUCGCGAUCCAUCCAUACUUAACUUUGCGAACAACUCCAAGGACACUUUCAUAUCGCCAAACGUAUCUACAGGUUAUGCUUCUGAACAAGUUGGAGUCGGAGACUCGACCAACGUUGGCCUUUUUGUGCCAGGUCUCUCCUCCAUCGUAGAACCGAUUCUAUCCCUUGUCACUGCACUUAUGGGCCAUCAGAUAUCUGAUGCUGAAUCCGAAUUAAGGGAUGGCUCUUGA